CCUGUUCAGAAAACCCAUUCUCAAUUCUCACUGCCUCUCUAUCUCCCGGAACAAAGACAGAAAGCCGAACCUCUCACGCACGUUCUCUAGUAUUAAAGUAUCUUCGAAAAACGAAAGGGAAGGACAUAGCGGAAAGAACAGGGCGAGCGAGGCAAAAUUUGUGGGAGAUUUCUUGCGAAUUCUUGCGAAUUGAUCCCGUACUAAAGUAGAUUUGGGAGCGAGAGAGAAAAAGAAUCAAAUUCAUUGGUUCUUUUUAGAUCUCUCUCUCUGUUUUUUUAGUGGUCUAAGUUAUUGAUUCGUUGCUCGGUUCGAUUAGAGGAAAAGAAAGGAGUGAUCGUGUCCAUGAAAAACCCUAGGAUUGAAGAGGCAUCGGCGUAGAUGCUUGUCUCUGCGGUGCCUCUGGACCUAAAUUGGUUCGUUCAGUUUAUAUUCACCAUCUUCGUAAUUGCUGUGGGAUUGCUCCACCUGGUGAAGAAUACGGCCUCGAAGUAUUUUGAGGUCGGCGCAAAUUUCGAAGCAGCGGGAGACCGCUCUGAUCCAGCCCCAAUGCCCGGCGUCCUCAUGGACGACAGCUUCGUUUGCGCCAACUGCGGCAAUCUCGCCACGAAGAAGUGUUCCCGCUGCAAGGCCGUUCGCUACUGUUCGCAAAAAUGCCAAGAAGUACACUGGAAAUUUGUGCAUAAGACAAAUUGCAAGUUUCAACCAUCUGGAGUAAAUUCAACUUCUAGUCUUGCAGGAAGAAAGUCAUCUGCAAUUGCAUUAGUUCCUGCUCAUGGAACCUCUAAGUUUAUCAAGCAGCCAGAAAAGAUUCUUUUUCCAUAUGAUGAGUUUCUGAGAUUUUUCAAUUGGGAGAAGCCUGGAUUUCCUCCUUGUGGACUUCUAAAUUGUGGAAACAGUUGCUUUGCCAAUGUGGUUUUGCAAUGUCUUACAUUCACACGGCCACUUGCUGCUUACUUGUUGGAGAAAGGCCAUCAAAGAGAAUGCCAUCAUAAUGGUUGGUGCUUCCUAUGUGAGUUUCAAACCCAUGUUGAAAGGGCAACCCAAAGUUUGCAAGCAUUUUCACCCAUAAAUAUUCUCUCUCGCUUACCUAAUAUCGGUGGUAAUCUUGGCUAUGGAAGUCAGGAGGAUGCUCACGAAUUCAUGAGGUUUGCUAUUGAUACAAUGCAGUCCAUCUGCCUUGAUGAAUUUGGUGGAGAAAAAGCUGUUGAACCUAGCUCUCAAGAGACCACCCUUAUCCAACAUAUAUUUGGUGGUCAACUCCAAUCCCAGGUGAUAUGUACAAAAUGCAAUAAUAUCUCAAAUCAGUAUGAAAAUAUGAUGGAUUUGACAGUUGAGAUUCAUGGGGAUGCUGCAUCAUUGGAGGAAUGCCUGGACCAGUUCACAGUCAAGGAAUGGCUUCAUGGAGAAAAUAUGUAUAAAUGUGACGGCUGCAAUGACUAUGUUAAGGCAUGGAAGCGUCUUACUGUAAAAAAAGCUCCAAAUAUUCUUACCAUUGCCUUAAAAAGAUUUCAGAGUGGGAGGUUUGGGAAACUUAAUAAGAGAGUAGCUUUCCCAGAGACCUUGGAUCUUAGCCCCUACAUGAGUGAGGCUGGAGAUGGUACAGAUACCUACAAGCUUUAUGCAGUUGUCGUUCAUGUGGAUAUGUUGAAUGCAUCCUUUUUUGGUCACUACAUCUGUUAUACCAAGGAUUUCCAUGGAAAAUGGUAUAGAAUUGAUGAUUGCAAGGUUACCAGCGUUGAAUUAGAAGAGGUACUCUCUCAAGGAGCAUAUAUGCUUUUAUACAGCAGGGUUUAUGCUCGACCAUCGUGUCUUAUAACUGUUGAACCUUCAGAGAAGGAGCAGCCGCAAAUGAUGCAAGAGAAAGUAGUUCGAUGCUUAACAACUGCCGAGUCAAAACCCAUUAAUGGUUUUGCUGUUCCAUCUGAUUGUGGUCCAUGCUUGAUGGUUUCUCGCUGUGAAGAAGAGUCAUCUACUGGAAUAAACUCUCUAGCUCUAAAAGAACAUCUUGAGGAUAUGGAUAUGGUUAAUUGCCAAUCAUCUGUUUGUAGGGAGGUUCUCAUCUGUGAAACUGAGUCAUCUAUGGGAAUUAGUAUUGAAGAUUUAAGCGAAGAUACAGAUGGUAUGAGAAUGGUCAAUUCUGCAUCAAAUCCACCAGAAAACAAUCUUUUAAGGUCCGAGAGAGAUUCUUCUGUUGCAUUUGAUUCUCAGGCUGGAAGAGAUUCAAAAGAUAUGAAUUUGGUUACUCAUUCCAAGUUGUGUCCGGCUGAUCUCAAGGAAGUUUCCUGCAGUGAAAUGGAAUAUUCUGUUUCAAUCGAUUGCAAAAGGGAAAAUUCACAGGAUGUGGGUGGUGAGUCCAUACCUUCAUCUGUUGGAAAAGAUAUUGAAGUUUAUGCCAACGGACAUGGAAUCCUAUGUCCACCAGAACACACUCACGAACUAGUUUCAGCUGAAGUUCAUAAAUUGAAGCAUGAGUCGCCCCUCUGGAAUUCUGAUUCUGAGCAUGAAAGUGGAGCUAAGAGAGUAGACAUAAUUGGUAGCAGUUUGUAGGUGCUGUUUUCUUUAGUUGUUCAUAUAUUUUUUCCACGAUCCACCAUCAAAAGGAUAAGAUCGAGAUGGGAAUUUUUUUCUUUCCUUUUUUUUUUUUUCUCUGGGGUUUCAGUAUUGCAGAAAUCUCUGGAUUCUAUUGUACCUUUUUCCGAUGGACUCUCUAACUUCAUAAAAAAUUGACAGAAUUAACAAUGUUGCUUUGGAUUGUGAGGGGAAGUACCUUCUCUGUGUACACUGUCGAUCUAAUUUUUAUUUGUAAGAAUAAUUAUGAUAGAAUGAAUAAUACCUUGCUUAAAUUU